UUUUUUUUCUUGUGGUUGGACUUGAACCAAAAGCACAGUUUACAAAAUUCUUGUGAUUCCAAGUCUUCUAUCUUGCACUUCCAUCAAAAUUCUUAUGUUUUAAUACCAUGCAUACCAGUGAGGCCUGUAAUAUGUAUGCGUUCAUAUGAUAUCCAAUUUAGCAGUGGCUAUAGAGUCACACUAUUGAUUUCUAAUCACACAAUAUGAAUAUCUAAAAAUUAUUUUUUACAAAAAGUUAGAACAAUAAAGGCAGGGCCCUCGCAUUUGCCAGACGGCACUGUGCUAGUUGAGUGAAAGGUAAGCUUGCAGAUUUCUACUGGAAACAAGUGAUCUUGAACUAAUUCAUUUCCUCACUUUCGGGGAAGAAGACAUCGUCGCACGGUCAGGAGAGAGUUCCAAAGAAUCUAGAGAGAGUUCCAAGUACGUGGGACGCAAACUUAUAAGACAAUUCAAUACACGUAGAAACGACUGAUCACGCCUAGAAUAGUUGAAGUCAACAUGUGCAGGGCUUCAACUAGCUUGCCACGCCACGUAGACAAAUCAACGCGGCCAACGGUGGAACCAUUCGUAGAGGGUUCACCUGUACAUACACACACCAACGUUGCGUUGCCACACGAAUGGAACAGCUUAGGACAUUCCUAAUCGACCACACAAUGGCGUCUCCUCCUCCAUCAUCCACCGUGAUCCAGAUGCCUCCAAGUCCACAAACCAACGGCCAGCCGACGGCCGGGACAGUCCCGGCCAUGCCUAAUGAUGCCGGUGACGUGACCAUAGCACCUGCAGCAGCUGCCGGACCAGCAUCAAAGGCAACGGACAAGGUCAUGUCGAGCGCCGCGAACCUUGCGCAGCUCCUGCCGACGGGAACAUUGCUAGCGCACCAGGCUCUAUCCCCUUCCUUCACCAACCACGGCAAGUGCGAUGCCUCCAACCAGUGGCUCACCACCGUGAUGGUCAUCAUCCUCACCACCCUGUGCAUCCUCUUCUCCUUCACCGACAGCGUCCUUGGCCGCGACCAGAAGCUCUACUACGGCGUCGCCACACCACGCGGCUUCAACGUGUUCAACUUCUCCGAUGAAGAGGAGAAGCUGAAGUGGACUCCACCUGAGUUCCGGAGGCUCCGCAUCCGGCCGCUCGAGUUUUUGCAUGCCAUCUUCACAGCGCUGGUCUUUCUCACCGUGGCGUUCAGCGAGGUAGGUCUACAAAGCUGCUUCUUCCCCAAUGCCGGUAAGAACACCACGGAGCUGCUGAAGAACCUACCUUUGGGCAUCGCAUUUCUGUCGAGUUUUGUGUUCAUGGUCUUCCCCACAAAGAGGAAGGGCAUCGGCCACACCGACACCACUCCUCGCGAGAAGCUCACUUGA